AUGCGCAAACACGACGACCGCCCCUCUAACGACGACCUGGACGACCUCAUGGCCGAGCUGGAGAUCGAGGUGGAGGAGGAGGUAGCGGCGGAAGCUGAUGCUGCCGCCAAGGCCAAGGCUGAGGCUGAUGCUGCCGCCAAGGCCAAAGCUGAGGCCGAUGCUGCCGCCAAGGCCAAGGCUGAGGCUGAUGCUGCCGCCAAGGCCAAGGCUGAGGCUGAGGCUGCCGCCAAGGCCAAGGCUGAGGCUGAGGCUGCCACCAAGGCCAAGUCUGAGGCCGAGGCCGAUGCUGCCGCCAAGGCUAAUACUCCCUCCCAGCCCCACGCCGCACACCAGACGCGUUCCACUCCCGUCAGUCGGACGGCGGCUGAGCGCGGCGAGAUCCCGCUGAUGGGGAGAAAGGCGAAGCAGUCGUCGCCGCCGCAAUUCGGGGGCAACCACGCCAAGUGCCCAAAGUGCAGCAAGACUGUGUACCCCAUCGAAGCGCGCAAGAUCAACGACAUCCGCUACCACAAGACUUGCGCCCGCUGCGCCGAGUGCGACAAGACUGUCGGAGCCGACUAUGUUGUUGCCAACAACCAACUCUACUGCAAGGUCCAUGUACCCAAGUCGAGCGCAUUGGUCGCGAGCUCGGCACCACCGCCGAGCUCUAGGACUUCUUCUCGCCCUGCAUCGGUGGGUGGCUUUGGCGGCGGCGGCUCCAAGUGCCCGACGUGCGCAAAGACCGUGUACAAGCUCGAGGCGCUUAAGAUUGACAACGUGGUGUUCCACAAGUCUUGCGUCCGCUGUGCAACAUGCGCCAAGGUGCUGAAGAAGGAGACGUACGUCAAGGUCGAGGGCACGUUUUACUGCGAAGGCCAUGUGCCCAAGCUCAAGGCUGUAGACGGCGCCACCGGCGAGCGCCCGUCGUUCGAAGCGCCGCCACCGUCAGGCGCUGCCAUGUCAGCGGUUGGCGAUGAGGUUGCCGCCGCUGUUGACCGCAUCGGUGACCACGUGGCGACGUCUGAGGCGCUGCCCAAGUGCCUCGGCUGCCGCGAGCCGAUUGACGGCGCACGCACCGCUGCGCUCGGCGGCUCGUUCCAUCCGGCUUGCCUCAAGUGCGCCUCGUGCAACAUGCCCAUCAAAGGUGUUGUCAAGGAGGACCUGAAGGCCCGCAAGGCCUACUGCCUCCCGCACUACCAAGCGUCCGGCGGCGCAGCGGCCAAGACCUACACAUGCGUCGCGUGCUCGUCCACCAUCCAGGCCGGCGACCGCGUCACGCUCCCGUCGAACAAGGCCUCGUACCACAAGGCAUGCUUUGUCUGCUCCAAGUGCUCCGGGCCAAUUGCGGGCAGCUCCGCCGACUCGGGCUCGUACGCGCUCGUCGAUGGCGCCCCGGUAUGCUCCUCGUGCAGUGAUCAGGGCGAGUGCCAUGGAUGCAGCUCACCCAUCCGCUCCGCCGUGGUCAUGGAGGUCGUCGGCCGCAAGUACCACCCGGCAUGCCUCAAAUGCUCCGAGUGUGGCACCCGCCUCACCGAGGUCUGCAUCCACAACGGCGACAUCUACUGCGCGACCCACAAUCCCAGCGGUGACAACAUGUGUGCCGGGUGCGGCGCCGCCAUCCAAGGCACCGCCUCGCGCGCAAUCGGCAAGGUCUGGCACCCGGCGUGCCUCGUCUGCCACAGGUGCCAGACUCCUCUCUCUGGCAAGAAGUUCUUCCGCUGCGCCGACGCCGGCGGCGUAGACCAACCAUGGUGCGAAAAGCACAUUCGAGCCGCAAAGCGCAAGGCUGCCCAGGCUGGGCACUAG